GGGUGCUUUAUCAUGUCGUCAUCUUCCCGCGACUGCUCUCGCUCCUCUCCAGGAAGCAAACUGACAGGACAGUUUGACGUUGCUGAGAAGAAGGGGACACGAUGUCUGGAAGUUUUUAUUUUGUCAUGGUUGGUCAUCAGGACAACCCAGUGUUCGAGAUGGAGUUCUUGCCAGCUGGGAAGGCUGAAGCAAAGGAUGACCAUCGUCACCUUAACCAGUUCAUUGCACACGCAGCCCUGGAUUUGGUGGACGAAAACAUGUGGCUGUCCAACAAUAUGUAUUUGAAAACUGUGGACAAGUUCAACGAGUGGUUCGUGUCUGCCUUCGUCACUGCAGGACAUAUAAGAUUCAUCAUGCUGCAUGAUGUGCGACAAGAAGAUGGGAUCAAAAACUUUUUUAAUGAUGUGUAUGAUUUAUACAUUAAGUUCGCAAUGAAUCCAUUCUAUGAAAUCAAUGCACCAAUCCGCUCGACAGCUUUUGAGAGGAAAGUUCAGUUUCUUGGAAAGAAGCAUCUCCUGAGUUAGUCACAUCACAUGUGCAAGAUUUUUUAUGCAUCUUGUCUAUUUGUUGUGUAUAUAGUAUAUACCUAACACACACAUUUGAUGUCUUUCUUUUAUUGUGUAUGUAUAUCUAACACACGUUUGAUGUUGUUGUCCUCUUUUUCUGUUUCACAAAUGUAAACUGAUUCAACACAUUUUUCUAUAAAACAUUUCUUGUCUGAUAGAG